GGAUCGUGAAUGUUAACGCAGGACUGGAGUGUUGUUUACAAUGAACAACACGGGUUUAAGUGCCAAUUACAUCCACACUUUAGCAGGCCUGAUAUCAGACCCGACGUCGGGCCCGAGUAACAGUAUUUUUCCGUUUCACCAGAGAUAAUCACCACUUUACCACCAUCCCCGCCAAAUAGUCAUAUUUACGUCAGUGUCAAUGUCAACUGAUACAUUGCAAUUAUAUUAUUAUAUCCAAAUUAUAUCGCAUGCGAUUUAGGAUUUAUUUUUCUUCAUUGAAUACUAUUACUGUUUAAUAACAUCUAAGUUAUGCAUACAGAUUUAUCACCCCAUUUACAUACUGACGAGUGUAAUGUUUUGAUAAAAAAGUUAAUGGACUGCCACUCCGAGCAUCCAUUCCUGAAGUUUACGGGCUACUGCAACGACUAUGACAGUGAUAUGAGAAAGUGUUUGAAGCAAGAGCGUCUUCGGCGUCAGAAAGCUAAUCUAGACGAGUCACGAAAACGGCAUGCGGAAAUACACGCUAGAAUACUAAAGUCCCAGAGAGAAAAAGCAAGUCAAGCACAGUAA